AUGAGUGGGGCAAACCAAUCGAGUGUCUCUGAGUUCCUCCUCAUGGGACUCUCCAGGCAGCCCCAGCAGCAGCAGCAGCUCCUCUUCGGGCUCUUCCUGAGCAUGUACCUGGUCACAGUCCUAGGAAACCUGCUCAUCAUCCUGGCCAUCAGCACUGACUCCCGUCUGCACACCCCCAUGUACUUCUUCCUCAGCAACCUGUCCUUCGUGGAUGUCUGCUUCACCUCCACCACCAUCCCCAAGAUGCUGGCCAAUCACAUACUUGGGAGUCAUACCAUCUCCUUCUCAGGGUGUCUCACACAACUGUAUUUUCUCAUAGUGUUUGCGGACAUGGACAAUUUCCUCCUGGCUGGGAUGGCCUAUGACCGCUUUGUGGCUGUGUGCCACCCCCUACACUACACAACAAAGAUGACCCAUCAGCUCUGUGCUCUGAUGGUCACUGGGUCUUGGGUCAUUUCCAUUCUGAAUGCUCUGCUGCAUACCCUGCUGAUGACUCAACUCUCAUUCUGUGCAGACAACAAUAUCCCGCACUUCUUCUGUGAUGUGAGCAUCUUGAAACUGUCCUGUUCCGACACAUACCUCAACGAGAUGAUGGUUCUUAUCGUAGCAGGGCUGGUUAUGAUUACUCCAUUUUUUUGCAUUCUCGUCUCAUACAUCCUUAUUGCUUGUGCUGUCCUGAGAGUCCCAUCCACAAAGGGGAAAUGGAAAGCCUUCUCCACCUGUGGCUCCCACCUGGCUGUGGUUUCCCUCUUCUAUGGCACCAUCAUUGCUCUGUAUUUCAACCCUUCAUCCUCCCACUCAGCUGAGACAGACACCACAGCUACUGUGAUGUACACGGUGGUGACCCCCAUGCUGAAUCCUUUCAUCUACAGCCUCAGGAACAAGGACAUGAAAGGGGCUCUAAGAAAAGUGGUCGCCAUGGGAUUUUCUUCUGUCUAA